AUGUAUCAUCAUCACCACACCUUUCAGGGCAGGCGAUUAACAGAUCAGGAAAGAGCGAGAGUGCUCGAAUUCCAGGAGUCUAUCCACUAUUCGCCGCGGUACUCGGAUGACACCCACGAAUACAGGCACGUAAUGCUUCCCAAAGCAAUGCUUAAGGUUAUUCCCUCAGAUUACUUCAAUUCGGAGACAGGGACACUUCGUAUUUUGACAGAAGACGAAUGGAGGGGAAUUGGCGUAACGCAAUCACUGGGUUGGGAGCAUUAUGAGUGCCAUGCCCCUGAACCACAUAUUUUGCUGUUCAAGAGACCUUUAAACUAUGAGGCGGAAUUGCGGGCGGCGGCGGCUACCCAGCAGCUGCAGCAACAACAGCAGCAACAUCAACACCAGGAAGAAGCAGGUGUUCGAGCACCUCAUUAA